UCGAAUCAGGGACGCUCUCCGUAACACUACACUUUAAACGGCUAGACUGAUGGCUCAUUACACCGAUUACUACGACUCGCAGAUCGGUGGGGGAUAUUCCACAAAAUUUCGGGUAUUCGCGGGGUCGCCUUAUCAGCGAGGACAUGGUAUUGGUAGCUUUCUCGGUGGUCUGUUUCGGCGUGUGUUACCUCUUCUAUCGAGAGGAGCCCGAGCCGUCGGUAAGGAGGCGGUGCGCGCGGGCAUGAAUAUCUUGACAGACGUCAGCGAGCGCGGCGCUCCGCUUAAACAGGCGUUUCGCACCAGGGCUGCCGAAUCGGGUAUGAAUCUUAAACGUAAGGCGGAGGCGAAAAUUGACGAGCUCAUGAAAGGAUCGGGCUAUAAAGCUGUAAAACGAUCACGCGGUGCCCACUCUAUCAUCGGCAUCGCUGGAAGGAGCAUCGCCUCAAGAGCUGCUAACAAGCGAAAGAGACGUACGGGAAAGGCGAGGACAUG